GCCAAGUCCAGUUAGAAAGUUCUCUCCUUUGGGUCAAAGCAACUAUUUUUAAUUUUCUAAUUCGGAGUCGAGAUUGAAAAACCUGAAGAACAGAACCUCCCGAGUACCCUGGAACAUAUGGAGAGGAAGCAGAAGCAACAAAGCGGCAAUAAAGGCAAAAUAAAUGAAUGGAAAGCUGCGUCUUUGAAGGUAUUUGGAAGCUGUUCGAUCAAUGGAGACGAUGCUUCAAGCUUAGUUGGAAGCAUAAUCGAAAAGGGAAUUGUUUCAUCAAACAAUAAUAUUACCAAGCCCAUUCAACCGCCUCAGCCGUCAGUUCUUCCUUUCCCUGUUGCACGCCACCGCUCCCAUGGACCUCAUUGGACUCCAAGAAGCAAUAGAAAUAUUGUUGAAGAAGACGAAGAAGAUGAUGAAGAUGAAAGUGGAUUUGCUAACCUUGAUCCUGUAUCGGUUUUCGCUAAACCAGUACGGAGGAAAGAGAAAACGGUUUUGGAUCUUAGCCUUUGGAGAGAGCCAAUGCAGAGUGAUGAUUUUUCCAAGAGUAAGGGAAGGGAAGCAAACAAAUCACACAUAGGGAAAACUGAAAGACAAAUGAUGGAUGGAGAAGCAAUGGAAAAUGUAGGCAAGAAAAGCAUGUUGAGUGACUCCUUGGGUGCACAUGCAGAUGUAGCUUCCAUGGAUGUAGAUGUAGAAUCACAUUUAAAUGCCCAUAGGCCUUCGACUAAAACUGAAGAAGCCAUGAGGAGUGAAUUGAGUGUUAGUUCAGUCACUGAAAUGGACUUAGAUGACUCACUUCAAUUCCACCUGCAAGAGAAUAUUAAAGAUGCUGACUCAGAUAACUUCAGUAGAGAACCAGGAUCAAUGGCCAUAGAUGAUCAGGUCAGUGCAAAAAGAAUGUUCCAUAAUGAUAGUGCCAAAGUGCAAUUUGGGAGAAUGGGGAAGAUAGAUUCUACACGAACCACUGUGCUAACACAAUUCCACAACAUAGGAAAUGAACAAGGGUCCAUGUCUCUUGAGAGUGAAAUUGAUGUUGAGAAUCGUGCCCGAUUAAAAAAUAUGUCACCUGAAGAAAUUGCACAAGCACAGGCUGAGAUAAUGGAGAAGAUGGAUCCUGCUUUGCUAAACUUACUGAAGAAACGAGGCCAAAAGAAAUUAAAGAAGCAAAAGGACUCAAAUUCAGAUCUGGCUGCUAACAUUGAACUGGGCAUUAGACAUGAGAAUGAGUCAAGCAAUGCUAUAAACACUCCAAACACAGAGAGCAAUAAUUCCAAGAUGGUGACAACUAGCUCAAAUAUUACAACGCGUGGCCUUGACAAUGGCAUGGAGCAGAAUGUAGACCCUGUGAGUGGCAGUUUGUGGAAUGCUUGGAGCCAGAGAGUUGAGGCUGUUAGGGAAUUAAGAUUUUCCUUGGAUGGGACUGUUGUUGAAAAUGAUUUUGUCCAGAUACCAGAGACAAGUGGUGAUAAUGUUGCUGAACGCGACUUUUUACGGACAGAGGGGGAUCCAGGCGCAGCGGGUUAUACAAUUAAAGAAUCAGUUACACUCACAAGAAGCACGAUUCCAGGACAACGGGCCCUUGCACUGCAUCUCCUUGCAUCUGUGCUUGAUAAGGCAUUACAUAAUAUUUAUCUCAAUCCAGUUGGCUCCACUCUGGCCAGUAAUAACAAAGUUGACAGCACUGUUGACUGGGAAGCUGUUUGGGCUUUUGCAUUGGGCCCAGAACCUGAGCUAAUCUUAUCAUUAAGGAUGUCUCUUGAUGAUAACCACAAUUCUGUCGUUUUAGCAAGUGCCAAAGUUAUUCAGUGCAUAUUGAGCUGUGAUUUAAAUGGGAACUUCUUUGAUCUCUUUGAGAAAACAGCAAUUGAUGUGAAGGAUACUUAUACUGCUCCUAUAUUUCGAACUAAACCAGCGAUUGAUGUUGGUUUCCUGCAUGGUGGAUUUUGGAAAUAUAGUGCUAAACCUUCAAAUAUUCUUCUUUAUGGUGAUCAUAUUGUGGAAGAUGAGACUGAAGGGAAGCAUACAAUUCAGGAUGAUAUUGUUGUUGCUGGACAAGAUUUUGCUGCCGGUUUGGUUAGGAUGGGAAUCCUUCCAAGGAUUCGAUAUCUUUUGGAGAUAGAACCAACGGCACCUUUGGAAGAAUGCAUGAUUUCAGUACUAAUUGCAAUAGCAAGGCAUUCCCCAAUGUGUGCAAAUGCAAUAAUGAAGUGCCAAAGACUAGUUCAAACUGUUGUUCACCGAUUUACUGCAAAUAACAAUUUGGAGGUUUAUCCCUCUAAGAUAAAAUCUGUUUGCCUUUUGAAGGUGCUGGCACAAUCUGACUGGAAGAACUGUGGAGAGUUCAUAGAGAAUGGAAUUUUCCACGCUAUGACAUGGCAGUUGUAUCAAAAUCCUUCCUCUCUUGAACAAUGGUUGAAGUUGGGAAGAGAAAACUGUAAACUUUCAUCUGCCUUAACGGUUGAACAACUACGUUUUUGGAAGGUCUGCAUUCAGAAUGGGUAUUGUGUGUCAUACUUCUCCAAUAUUUUUCCUGCCUUGUGCUUGUGGUUGAAUCCUCCUACAAUUGAAAAACUGGUAGAGAACAAUGUUUUAAGUGAAUAUGCUUCCAUCUCUGAGGAGGCAUACCUUGUUCUAGAAUCUUUGGCCAGAACACUUCCAAAUUUUUAUUCACACAAGUUCCAAAGUGAUAGAAUACCUGAGGGAGCUGAUGAUAAUCUGGAGAUCUGCUCUUGGAGCCAUGUUGGUCCGAUGGUUGAUUUAGCAGUGAAGUGGAUAUCAUUGAAGUCUAGAUUGAUUGAUUCUCAGGAUGGAAUGAAGGGAAACUCUGUUUGCCACAAUAAAUCUUUCUCUCCCUUAUUGUGGGUAUACGCAGCUGUUAUGCACAUGCUUUCCAGAGUGCUUGAAAAAGUGAUCCCUGAGGACACCAUCGGCUUGCAAGAAGAUGGUUGUCAUAUGCCAUGGUUGCCAGAUUUUGUUCCUAAGGUUGGACUUGAAAUUAUAAGAAAUGGGUUUUUGAGCUUUACCUGCAUGAACAUUGCAGAAUAUGGAACUAACCUGGCUGGAGGUAGUUCUUUUGUUGAGCAACUCUGCUCUUUGAGGCUGCAAAGUGAAUUUGAAACAUCAUUAGCUUCUGUAUGUUGCCUUCAUGGCUUCUUCCAGGUUUUUUUAUCCAUAAACAAUUUGAUCCAGCUAGCUAAGGCUGGGAUAUGUAAACCUUGCGAAGUAUGCACUUCCUCACAAGAAGAGAACAUACUUGCAGGGGGGAUACUGAUGGAAUCUUUGUUUGAAUUGAGAUGCGUGUUCAAUAUUUUCUCAAAGUUAGUUGCAUCUGAGUGGCAGUUUGUGCAGUCAGUUGAGAUUUUUGGUAGAGGAGGCCCUACUCCUGGGGUGGGGCUUGGCUGGGGUGCCUCUGGUGGAGGAUUUUGGUCAAAAACUGUUUUAUUGGCACAAACAGAUGCAUGGUUGCUUAGUCAACUGCUUGAGAUCUUCCAGAUUAUCUCUAUAGAAUUGUUACCCGCAGAUGAAGAGAGGACCCUUACCAAGGAAAUGAUCCAUUCUGCUUUAGGAUUAUGUUUAAUUGCCGGACCAAGAGACAAGGUUAUUGUGGAGAAAGCGUUGGAUGUUAUGCUUCAAGUACCUGUGCUGAGGUACCUUGAUCUCUGUAUUCAGCGUUUUAUCCAGGAUAAUGGGAGGAUAAAAUUAUAUAGGUGGGAAUAUAAAGAAGAUGACUAUGUGCUCUUCGGUAAGAUAUUAGCUUCUCACUUCAGAAAUAGAUGGUUGUCUGGUAAGAAAAGAUCAAAAGCGUUGAGUGGUGAUAGAACAUCAAGGGGUAGUGUUUCUCUGGAAACCAUACCAGAGGACCUGGACAUGUCAAAUAUGAUGAGUCAAGAUCGUGGCUGCACUUCAUUGAUAAUGGAAUGGGCUCACCAGAGACUACCGCUUCCCACGCACUGGUUUCUCAGUCCAAUAGCAACCCUUUGUGAUAGCAAACAUGCUGGUCUUGGAAGGGUCUCUGAUAUACAAAAUCUUAUGCAGGACCCUCAUGAUGUACUUGAAGUUGCUAGAGCUGGAAUGUUUUUCCUUUUAGGUUUGGAAGCCAUGUCCACUUUCUUGUCCGCAGGUGUUUCCUUGCCUGUUCAAAGUGUUCCAUUAAUCUGGAAACUGCAUUCAUUAUCCAUCAUAUUACUCAUUGGAAUGGCUGUGCUUGAAGAGGAGAAGAGUAGGGAUGUUUAUGAGUCUUUGCAAGAGCUUUAUGGACAGCUUCUCAAUGAGACAAGGUCUAAGGGAAGACCUGAAACCAUUUCAAAUAUGUCUAUCAAUUUACUACCAGAAACUGGAAAGAAAUAUGAUGUAGAAUUUCUGAGGUUUCAAUCAGAGAUUCAUGAAAGUUACUCAACAUUUAUUGAUACUCUAGUUGAGCAGUAUGCUGCUGUAUCUUUUGGUGAUUUGAUCUAUGGUCGGCAAGUUACAGUAUAUUUACACCGUUGUGUUGAAGCUCCCGUGCGACUUGCUGCCUGGAAUGCGUUAUCUAAUUCGCGUGUUCUUCAACUUCUUCCACCACUGCAGAAAUCCCUGGGAGAGGCUGAAGGAUACCUUGAACCUGUUGAGGAUAAUGAAGCAAUUUUGGAGACUUACGCAAAGUCAUGGGUUUCUGGUGCCCUUGACAAAGCUAAAACUCGAGGAUCAAUUGCAUUCACAUUAGUUCUGCAUCACCUUUCAUCUUUUGUUUUUAUCUCUCAUAAAAAUGACAAGCCGUUGCUACGGAAUAAGCUUGUGAAGUCUCUACUGCGAGACUACUCCAGGAAGAAGCAGCAUGAGGGAAUGAUGCUGGAGUUCAUUCAAUAUACCAAGCCAUCCACAGUUCCAAUGGCUGAGAAAAAGGAAGGUUUGUCACUGCAGAGGAGCAAUUUAGAGGAGAGGCUGGAAAAACUCAAGGAAGCUUGUGAGGGAAAUCCCUCUCUUUUGAAAGAAGUUGAGAAACUGAAGUACUCUUGUCUGAAAGGAUAGUUGUGAGUUUUGACCUAGACAAUUUGUAUAUAUGAACAAAACACAGUUAUGAAUGCCAAUUACGGAUUAAUUGGAUGCACCCCUCACAUAUUGUGCUUGAUUCAUGGAGGCCAUGUCCUUGAGAAUAGAAGUAAGUUUCGAGUGAAAUAAGGCCUAGAAUAUUUAUUGAGAAUAAGCAUCUUACAUCACUUCUACUCACCAACAAUUAUGACCAACCAAAGGCUAUAAA